AUGGGCCAAUCCUCUUCUUCAUGCUCGUGCAAUAAUGGCCAAGAGAUUUACAGGCCCGUUAUCAUUGGAAAAAACAGCUGCAGUAUUGACGAGGACGACGACUUGACCCUAAGUCUGCCUGACGAGUGCUUGGGCAGUGUGUUCGGGAAGCUGGGUUGCCUUGACAGGAACUCUUGCUCCCUGGUUUGCAAGAGAUGGAAGUGUGUGGAUUCGAAGUCAAGAAACCGCCUUGUCUUGCUUGCUCGUUCCGAGAUGUCUCCAUCCCUGCCUUCCUUGCUCUCUCGCUUCAACACUGUCUCCAUCCUGUCUCUCAAGUGCUCCCGCAAGCUCCUCAGCAUAGACGAUGCUGCUCUCUCUCGCAUUCCCAUCUUUCUCCCAUCUCUCAAGAAGCUCAAACUCAAGGGCUGCAUCCAUAUUUCUGAUGACGGGCUGCAUGCUUUCUCUCUCCACCAUCCUCCUCUCCUCACAAAACUCUCUUUUGCAUCCUGUGGUUUUGGUGCCAAAGGUCUCAACUCCCUUCUCUCUAAUUGCCCUUCUCUCCAAGAUCUCACCCUCAAGCGCCUAAGAAAGCUGGAUGCCACCAGCAGUACCCCUGCAUCGUCAUUGUGGGUUGGAGCUUUGAGUGCCGAUGAUGGUGGUGGUAGUAAUGAUCAUAGUAAUGAUAUUAAUGCUGUUGUUGUUGGAGAUGCGAACAGCAAGGAGAAGGAUGCUCACCAUUACCACCACCAGAGGAGCCUGAAGCUAGAGCGGCUAUGCCUCAAAGAUCUUCACAAUGCUCGCCUUUUUAUCCCUCUAAUUCUCUCAGCUUCCGCUUCCCUCAAAACCCUCGUUGUUUGCAGGAGCUCUGGUAAUUGGGACAGAGUUCUCGAAACUGGUCUCCAUGGAAAAACCACUUCCAUUUCUGAGAUCCAGAUGGAGAACGUCCAGAUGGGCGAUGCAGGCCUCCUGGCCAUCUCCUCUUCUUGCCCUGACCUCCAGCUUCUAUACCUCAGCCGCACCACUGAUUGUACCGACGAUGGGUUAUCUGCAAUUGCAAAUUCUUGCAAGAAGCUUAGGAAGCUACAUAUCGAUGCAUGGAGCAGGUUCGGCAGCAGGACAAUUGGCGAUGAGGGGGUGUUUUCCAUAGCCAACAAAUGCUCCCAAUUGCAGGAGUUGGUACUUAUGGGCAUUCCGAUGGCUAUUCCGUCUCUGAAUGCCCUUGCAUCGAAUUGCCUCGGACUUGAGCGGAUGGCCCUCUGUAACACCGAUUCUGUCGGGGACUCGGAAAUGGCAUUUAUUGCAGCCAAGUUCUUGGCCUUGAAGAAGCUAUGCAUCAAGAACUGCCCCAAUGUCUCGAAGUCGGGGAUCGAAGCUGUCGGGCGCGGCUGUCCCAAUUUGGUGAAGUUGAAGGUAAAGAGAUGCAAAGGGAUCACUCGGGCAAUGGUGUCCAGAUUAAGGUUGCAGAGGAGCUCACUGGUGGUAUCAGUGGAUGCAGGAUCAAUGCUGUUCGAUAGUGAAGGAAUUUCAUUGUCAGCUGCAGUAGCAGCAGCAGCACAUGAAGAUGAGCAAGGAAUCACGGACACAAUGGCAAACACUAGUAGUAGCGGUAGGAGCACAACAGGAGCAGUAGCAGCAACUCAUGUUAUAUGCAGCAGCAGGGGUGCUCUCUUGCUGAGGUCUAAAUUUGAAAGCGCUCUUCAACUUGGUGGGAGGAGGAGGAGGAGGCCAACUGAAGAUAAUUGCUAG